AUGUGCGCUGAUGAUGAUCACAACAUUUUGUGCGAGUCGCUCAGACAUGGAGCUUGUUUCCACUUUACCAAGCCUAUGACGCCCGCGGUCAUCGAGGUCAUGCGGCGGAAGGCAAUGCGCGAUGUGAGCCGACCUGGUUCUGCAGAAGGAAAAGGUGUUUCCGUCGGUAAAAGGAAGCUUGGUUUGACUUUCUACGGUGUGGUCGGUCCGAGAAGAUCGAUCCAAAUGGCCGACGAGCUCUGCUAUAUCGAAAUAUCGAGCGGGGAUGAGUCAGGGAAGGGCAGAACCACUGCUGGCAGAGUACAAGGCAGUUGUUCUAAGAAGCAGAGGAUGGGCCGCUUGCUCUGGGACUCUGAUCUCCACCAGAGGUUCUUGACAUCCGUCGAGCUGUUGGGGAAACAUGCUGUCCCGAGAAAGAUACUCGAACUGAUGAACGUUGAUGGACUGACCGUGAAGCAAGUUUCCAGCCACCUUCAGGUACGAUCAUUGCAUAUAGUCGUGUUCAUCGGAUCGACGAUUAAAUGA